AGACCCUUCCUUGACAGGCGUGCCAUAAUCCAACAUGGAGGAUGAUCAGACAACGUCCGCGACACAAACUCGUUGUUGUAGUUGCAGUUGCUGUGAUAUUCUCUGGAUCGUAACCACAAAGGAGGGAUGGCCAAAGCUCAUUGAAGCAAUCAUGACGUUUCUAACCUUCGUCAUUUGUGCCGCUUUUCCCUUCACCGACAAACCAGAGUAUGAGUUCCUGAUCUUCGUCGCCACAACUUUGUUCAUUUUGAUGGUAUUGUACAUCAUCCUUGGCACGACUCAUCUACUUGAGAAGCUACCUCCAGCCCUGAGACAUCCCAUUCUUGGCGUGGUGUUCUGCUUUUUUGCUUUCUUGACCCUGCUGAUCGGUUCUGGAAUCGUGUUUGCAAGAGGCUCAGACUUUCACAUUCGCACUUUGGAGGCUGCGGGGAUUUGCGGUUUCAUUUCAUCAGGACUAUUCUUUUUUGAAGGUGUUUACUACUUCAUCCUCUAUCGCCGAGCACCAAGACGGCACGCAGAGCAAAAAAUACCUCAAGAAGAACAACCUGGUGAUGUUCUGCAGCCUUCCAAACCCGAGUACUGACUCGUUCUUGAGAGGGAACUUUAUUGGUAAGUAUAAACCAUGUCGCGAGAGUUUAUAUAAUUAGUUUCAGGCACUAGCGAUAGCCCUGGAGGACGUUGGGCAAUCAAAACAAGUCGAAUGAACUAAUUUAGAAGUGGAACACAAUGUCAAACGCUUGAAACUUUGCGUUUCUUCAAAAUGCUAUAUUAACCAGAAAAAAUUGUCCCACGUCAUUUUCCCGCUUGAGCAAACCUGCAUUUUCCGGGGGGUACACGCAGCUGAAUCCCUUAGGAGGGUAAUCAAAAGAGUUUUGUAUGGGGAGGCUCUGCCCGGAGGUCCAAUCCCUUACCCUUUUAUAUACCAUUUUUGAUGGAAAAGGUACCCCUCUCAUAUGCAUCACAUUCACAAAUGAUACCCCUAAAAAACUAGUUUAGAACUCUGCGUCCCUUUUAUCCGUUGUUUUCAAUAAUGAAUAGCCCACAAAACCAGGAUGUUUUCUUGACUUUUUGGCAGCCUAAUAAGGUUAGCUCUUUUGGGUUUUUUUACAGACCAAAAUGACAGAGGGUCCACAAUAGGUUUGGCGGGAUGUGGGAUUUGGCUAUUUUUUGUGGUGAUACUCGGGAUGCAAGCUAAAAAAAGGAGCAAGAGGCGGGAAUUUUGAGAAUGAGCCGGAGCGGGAUUUCCUAUUUUUAUUGGGUUGGGAUGCGGGAAUCGUAAGGGAAAAGUAGCUGUAUACGGCAAUUAAGUUUUGUCAUGACAACAUUUUGACUCUUUUGUGUACACAGCCCUUGUACAAGGAUCUACUUGUCGUCAAGGAAAUGAAGCCUGUCAAAUUUAUCCAUUAUUACCUUAGCGUGUUUUUGUCUUAUUCCGGUACUUUUUAAAGACGGCGUGCGCAAACAGUCAAAGGAGAGGUCCGAGUGAGGCCAAAAAACGAAUUAGACUAGGCACUGAGACG